GUGGAUGAUCAGGGGGCGGCUGCCUUCUUUUGCAGGGAGGGAGGAUCCUGGACUCCCUGUGCACCCUUCUCCUCUCACACGACGGCCUUCUGCUUUUGCAGGGUAAGGUUUCACCGGCGCUUUUGCAGGGUAAGGUUUCACCGGCGGCUUCACCAGCCCUUCUGUUGCAGUUUCUCGUCUGGUUCGGUCUCUACUUCUCCGGCCUAAGGUACAGACCGCUCAACCUGAUGCUCGUGGUAUUUUGUUUACAGACUGCUACAUUCUUUGUACAGACAAGUGCAUUUGUUUGAUCACAUAAGCAAGUAUUGUGUAAUUGUGUGCUACAUAUUCCUGUGGUUAAUAUGUUGGUACAGACAGUUGAUUUUUCACAUGUCCUACUAUUGUGCCACUUCUUUGUUACAAUUGUAUUCGCUUAAUAUGUCGGUACUCGCCAUGAACUAUUUUCUGUACAGCGAGAUGGCUGAAAACGCUGAUUGGAAUGAGGAGAAUACUAGACUUCUAUGUGAGUUGUUUGCUGAACAAGUGAGAGCACACAAUCGCAGCGGCACUCAUCUUAACAGGACUGGGUACAAAAAUGUUAUGGAAAAGUUUAAGGAGAAGACUGAAUUGGAUUAUAGCAAGCUGCAAUUUAAGAACAAAUGGGAUAAGAUGCGGAAAGAGUAUGGUAACUGGAAAAGAUUGUCUAGGGAAACUGGGUUAGGAUGGGACCCUGUGAAGAAGACAUAUACUGCACCUGACUCAUGGUGGAAGAAGGAAAAUAAGGUAUACAAAGGAAUUGCCAAGUUCAAGGAUGGUCCUCUUCAGCAUGAAGAUUUAAAGACCAUUAUGUUUGAAGACAUUCGGAACACGGGAGAUGAUCAUUGGUCUCCUUCAAGUGGUGCUGCACCUAACACUCAAGACACCGAACCUGACGAUGACAAAGAUGAAGAUUACGAGGCUAACGAAGCCAGUGAUGAUUGCCAUGAGAUCUCCCCUGAACCUUCGAAAGGAAAGCGGCCUGCACCUACUAACCGAAAGGAUAAGGGUAAAAAACCAAAAACUUCAGGAGGACAUUGGGUGCAGGAUCAACUGACCAAGCUUGUUUCCAUGAGCGAGAGGAGUACUGCCUCAUGUGAGUCUUUGGCAAGGAGGGAGGAUACUUCUGGGUGUUCAAUCAAGGAUGUCAUGGUUUUGGUUAGAGAGUGUGGUGCUGUUCCAGGAAGCAAAGAACACUUCAUAGCUUCUCAAGUCUUCAUCAAGCGAGCUGAGAGGGAGAUGUUUAUGACUUUGGAGACGCCGGAAGAACGGUUUCAGUGGCUUACAAUGAAGCAUAAUUGGCUCACAAGGAAUGAUUCGACCAUGUAGUGUCAGAACAGACAUGUGGCGUGUUCAUUGUAUCAUUUUUCAUGAGUUUGUUACAUUUUUCCCUGCUGCGUGCAAGCUGUCAUUUUUCCCCUAGUAGAACCUUUACCAUGGUAUUGUGCUGUAACAAUUUUUCAUGAACCUAUCAUAAUUUUCCUGCUGUCUUGUAAUAUUUUUUCUAUGAGAUGCAUGACAUGGUUCGUGCUGUAUGGAAUGUAUGACAUCUUAUAUGGUGCUACAAUUACAUGAUAAUGCUUCUUGUUCUCAUAAUUGUUAUGUGUGUAUCGACAGAUGUCUUCUUCUGAUAGUGGGAUGGACUCAAGUGACUCAGAAGUGGAUGAUCUGGAAGUCAUGUGGCUGAUCAUGGACAACCAAAAUGGUAUUCAUGCUGCUGCAUCUCUCUUAUCAUGGUAUUAUGCAUCUCAUGUUGACAAGAAUGAUCCAAGGACUACAAAUUUUUCUGGUAUGGCUUGGGUCAUGGAAACACUCAGCAAUCCUAAAGAAUGUUAUGACAUGUUCAGGAUGCCCCCAUGGCUA